AUGUCAAACUCUACUAGAGAAGAUGAUAGUAAUGAUGAAUUUGAAAGUGCAGACGAAGGUGAAUCAAUAUGUCCUCCUAUAAUUAAACUACCGUCUUCACCUCUUUCAUCUGAUGCAAUAUUAUCAUCUACUAAUGAAAAUCAAGUUCAAUCAAUAUCACGUUCAUCAGCAGUGACUGAUGGUUGGGAUGAUUGGAAUAUUGAUGAUGAACAACCAAUUGAAACUUCUAAACCAUUACAACAAGAUUCAAUAUCAUCAGGAUCAUCAUCACCUUCAAAAACAGGUGAUAGUUUAUCACAAAUUGGUUCUGAUGAAGAUGAUCAAUUGGAAUCAUCUACUCAACAACGUUUACAACGAAAAAAAUGUCGUAAAAAACCAAUUGAAUUAAAUUUAAAUAAAGAAGAUAAUAAACUUAAUACACAAUUAUCUCAUUCAAUUGAACAACAUAAUGAAGAAACAUCAACAACAACAACAACAACAACAAGUAAACAUGAUGUUAAAGAUGCACAUCAAAUAUUAGAUCAACUUGCUGCUCAAUCACCAAAACAUACAACAACUUGGCAUAAUCCAUGGAGUAAUUUUGGAACAUUUUUAUCAACAGCUAAACAAAGUGUUUCAACAUUAACAAGUACUGUUAGUGAAGGUUUCAGUGCAGUUAUUGAAUCAGUUGAAGCUGGUCUUGGUGCACCUGAUCCUCAACAAUUAGCAGAAAUGAAUCGAAUGGCAUUUAAAAUUAAAGGCGAAACAUCAGAUAGUGAAGAUGAACCUGAAUCAUCAAAUAUUCAAACAGAAAAAAAUGAUUCAAUUACAAAUCAAGAUGGUUGGUUUAAUGCAUUAAGUUUAGAAAAACUAACGAAUACUGGUAUGAAAGUUGUUGCGGGUAGCCUUGAUGUUCUUGAAACUGUUGGUAAAAAAACAUUUGAUGUAAUUAAUGAAGCUGAUCCUGCAUUACAAGGAACACGACGUUUAUUAAGAAAACAAAAUCAACCAACAUUAUCUGAAAUAAUACGUGAAGUAAAAAAUGAAACUGAAACAAAAACAAGUACGACAAAAACUGAAAUGACUACAUUUUUACAAUUAUUUGAAAAACAUCAAGGUCUUGCUCAUUUUGAAGCACUUGAAUUAUUAUCAAAUCAAUCAUCAAUUACUUUACAAACCAUGAGUUAUGGAAAUGAAAAAAUUCUUGAACAAAUUGAUAAUUAUUUUCAAGUAGAUGAUGAUGAUUUUGAAAUUAAUCACAUUUCAGAUUCAUCAACAAUAUAUGAUGAUAAUAAUGAUAAUCAUCAUGUACCAAGUUUAGAUAUAUUAUCACAAAAUUUUACUGCAUAUCAAACACAAUUACGUUCAACAGUACCUGUUGAUAAAUUACUUGAAGUUUAUGAAUCAGCUAAUCAAUUUCUUACUGAAUGGGAUUGGAUGGAUACAGAACUUGAUCAAAAAACAUUAGCUGAUGAAUCUAUUGAUUGUUUAGCUAUAUUAUGUGCACGUAUUAUUGAAUAUUAUCGUCGAACUGCUGAAUUAUUCUUAAUGGGUUGUAAAAGUUUAACAUCAUUUUCAAUUGAUAUUGAAUUAUUAGCUAUUUAUAAAAAACAACAAAAAGAUUUUUCAAAUAUGCUUGCUGGUAUACCAAAUUUAUUUGCUAAACAUAUGAAACAAACAUCAAAUAUAUCAUCGAAUGGAACUGAUAUACCAAUAAGAUGUGAUAUGAAAUUAAAAGAAAAACUUUUAAAUCAAAUGUUUAUUCAAUCAUCUAGUUCACAAACAUAUGCUUCGGAUGCAUAUGUUUUACUUAAACCUAUUGUUAGUCAAUCAAUUUUAUAUCAUACAUCAACAACAAGAUAG